AAUUUAGUAUAAAUCAGAAGGAUUUCCAAGUCUCAGUAGUAUUUUGAUAUCGUUUGCGUACUCCGAGGACGGUGGUAGUUGUAUCCGAACAAUAUAUCUACGCUCGUUUUGUUUUCACAAGUCAGAAUGCCUUUGUUGAUUAAGAUUGCGUUCAUUGUUGCCUUCCUCAUGCUCGCUUCAUUAUAUGAAGUGGUAGCAAGACCAGGAAUUCUUGAAGAAUACUGGAACUCAGAGGACAAAUGUAAAAGUGGAGUGGACGAGGUAAUAGAAACAUGCCAGAUUUGUGCAAAACAAACAAAAUCUAAUAUUGUAUACCCGAUGUGCUGUGUUAACGAAGAGGAUGUCUUCAACUGGUGCUCUAAGUUCAUCAACUUUGGUCAACAUGUAUAGCUAUGGAAAAAUCUAAUGCAGUUUAUCUCGAAAUACUCAUCAUGUAUACAGAUACGAAGAAAAUUCCUCUAAGUUAGGAAUAUUUGAAUGUUGAAAUGAAGGAUGCUUUCAACUCCUUGCUGACCGCUGAUGAUUUCGGCUGUCUGUGGAGUACAACUUAUAAAAAAAGUGUACAAUUUUGUCGAAUAUUGAAAAUCUUUAUAUUCUAUUUCUCUGAAAUUUUAAUUGGAAUCUAUGCUCUGUAAUUGGGUCAUUGGAUUUAUAUCAUUCAUAUUCCAAAACUUCUAUUAACUUCCCAUGAAAUUGAAAAGAACAAUUUGUUGAGUAAAAUCCUGAAAAAAGUUAGGGGUUGUAUCCGCAAAAUUAUCUAAAUUCAUUCUCAUUCAUUCAAAAAUAUGUACAGCAAUUGCUUUCUUACGUUGAUUUCGGCAAAUCCGCAUAUAUUUAUUAGUAACCAGGCUUUUGAUGACAUUUUUAUAAAAAAUGUGUAUGUAUAUCAAUGCAAUUAGUCUUAUUUAUAUAUCUUAUAUAAAUCGAGAGGGUGUAGGUAUUAAUUUGAGUCAUUGUGAUAUUUAAUUUAUUUACAAAUAGCUAUAUUCUAUGUGAGAGUUUUAUAGAGAUAAUAUUCAACUUAACUAUAAUUUGUUUUAUGUUUUAAUGAAAAUUUCAUUUGAUAAAACUCUCUGAUUAUAUACGCGGCUGUGAGAGUGUUUUACGGAAAUUUAUAUUAUAUUAUUUCGUAUGAACAUGUGUUAAAAAUUUAAAUGUGUGAAAAUAUAAGAUAAUUCAUGA